AGAAAGACAAAGAGCUCGUAAAAGAGCAAAUACAAUGGCAAUUAUCACUUAUUAAUGCAACUCUUCAAGAGUUUGAGAAAGCAUUGAGCGAACAUGUCAGGCUGUUCAUUAACUUUAAUAAUUUGAAUCUGAAUUUUAAAAGAAAAUUAAUGGUCUAACUCUUCCAAAAGCUUUGAAAAUUAUUGCUUUGAAUGCUUAGACAGAAAACAUUAAGGAUGCCUGCAAGUUAUUUAGCAAGACCUUCAUUGCACAAGUAGAGGACAUUUUAUAACCAACAUAAAUUUCUCCCUCGUCUCACAAGAUUCGCAUCUAUGGUAACUCAGGAAAUAUCAUUUGAAUUCUGAAACAUCAAUGAAAACCUCUCAAAAGAAUAUUCUCAUCUGUGUGAAGAAUUCCAGAAGUGGAAUUUAAAUACUGAAGAAUGACACUUUCAAGCUCUGUUGAUUUCACAAGAUGCUUCACAGGUACCACAAUUAAAGAGUUCAGGUUUAUAUGAUAAGGAUCAAUCUCUGAGAAGCGAUAUGGAGAUUGUCCAGAGCAAUUCGAGCGUCUCAUAUGUAGUCUAGCAACAGAAGACCUUCAAAAUAGUUUGCAAACUCUUGUGGUUGAAGGUUCAAUCAAUGAAAAAGCAUAUUUCAUGAGAGUCCUUGAAAAAGUACAAGUUCAAAUCCUCAUAGUUUUAAAGAAGCAUUGGUUGAUCUCCCAUCUAUUCUGACAGCAAUGGACAGUUUCAUCAGAUGACUCUGGAUAUUAAUUGAUGGUUAAGAUUUCAAU